AUGCCCAACGACGAGCCGAUGGCGGAGGCGUCCUCGUCGCAGUCCGAUUCGGAGGAGAGCGAUGGAGGAGAGAUCGACAUAUCCGAGCAGGAUGCCUCUGCCAUCAUGACGGCAGAAGCUGCCCUGGAGUCAAAUCCGUACGACUACGAGGGACACGCCAAUUACAUAUCCCAUGUGCGUCGCUGUGGGCUCCAAGCAAAGCUCAAGGAUGCCCGCGAGGCCAUGCACUCCCUCUUCCCGCUUGGUGAAGGCAUCUGGCUGGAGUGGCUGAAGGAUGAGGUGGCAGCUUUUGAAUCUGGCUCGGCCACCCGUGAGGAUGUCACACGACUGCAUGAGCUUGCCGUGCAGGACUACCUGUCCGUCAACAUAUGGCUGUCGUAUCUGGCAUUCAUAUCCUCUGGCGUGCAGAGCGGGGACAGCGCCGCAAUCAGUGAGGUUCGAGAUGUCUUCGAGAGAGCCCUCACCGCCACGAGCUUGCACUUCAGCCAGGGCGCUAGAGUCUGGGCAGCAUACCGACAAUUUGAGGCUCGGCUGGUGGCCCCGCAGGAGGAGACCAGCACUGCCUCAGCCCAGCAGCCGACAGAAAAGGUGCUCGCCCUUUUCCGGCGCCAGCUGGCCGUCCCUCAUGCUCACUCCGGCGCCACCCUCGCGGAGUGGGAGCAUGCCGGCGGCGCCGAGGAUCCGCGCCGCAAGGAGGUGCUUGCCGCCCAUGAGGCGGCGAUGCGUUCGGCUGGGGAGCGAGAGCCUUUCGAGGCGGCCAUCGGCGAGGAGGGGGCCGCUGCAGAUAUCCAGCUCCUGGGCGGCUACAUGUCGUACCUGGAGUUUGAGAAGAAGAAGGGCGACCUUGCGCGCUGCCAGUGUCUCUACGAGCGGGUGCUGGCCGUGUUCCCCGUGACCCACUUCCUCUGGCUCCAGUACUGCUCGUUUCUGGAGAGCAGGCUCCUGCGUCAGCAGGACGUCAACCGGCUCAUCACCAGUGCCUACGCUCGCGCCACCCGAAACUGCCCCUGGGUCGGCCAGUUGUGGGAGCGGCGCAUCCGGGCCCUGCACCGGGCGGGGGCAGCAGAGGGCGAGCUUGCUGCGGUGUACGGCGAGGCCCUGGCGGCUCAUGUUCCGGUGCGGGAGGACGUCGUGCGGGUGGUGCUGGCCUACGCCCACUAUUUCAAGUGCAAGAAGGAGCUCAGCCAGCUCCAGUCGCUGCUCACCGAGGCCGAGAAGCACCUGGAGACGAGAUUUCAGGGCGAGCUGGACCACAGCUUAGCCCUGCCGACAUUCUGGGCCGAGGCCGAGGCACAGCUGAGCGAGCCGGCGGCGGCAGGGGAGGAGCACUCCGGCGCAACACCGGGGUGGCAGGUGUGGGAGGCAGUGCUGCGAUCGCCACUGGGGUGGCGGCGCCGGGCCUGGGCCGCCGCAAUCUCCUUCGAGCUGCGACAUGGCGGGCCGGAGAAAGCCCGCAAGCUGUACCAGCGGUGCCACAGGCGUAAGCUCGAGGACGGGGGCCAGGCCAGGCUCCUCCAGGACUGGCUGGUCUUCGAGGGCCUUUUUGGCGAUGCACAGUCAUAUGCGGAGGCGUGCACCCAGGCAGACCCAAUCCUGUCGGAGCUCGCAUCCGCUGCGGCAGCGCGCGCCCAAGCCGAUGCCGAGGCUGCUCAUGCGUCAGGGGCCGCAGCGCCAAGGUCGGCCAGGACUGCCAAGCCAGCCGCAGGCAAGGCGCCACCAAUUCUGGAUCCCGAGGAGCAGAAGGCGCGGCGCCAGGCCGCUGACCCCAAUUUCAAGCCGCGGGAGAAGCGGGCCCCGAGUGAGGCUGCCGCCGGUGACGAGACAAAGCCGCCCCACCCCAAGCGGCCGCGCCAGGCAGAGCAGGGCAACGCGGAAGGGGGCAUUGCCGUGGACGUGGCGUCCGCCAAAGAGGACAUCCAGUCCGAUUCGAGGACUGCUGGCAAGGAGGCACCGCUUGCCGAGAAGGCCACCGAGCCCGCGCCGACCUUCACCGCCUUUGUGAAGCACCUGGCACCAGUCGUGGGUCGGGAACAGCUAGAGGAACUCUUCUCCGGCUGCGGCGGGAUCGCCGAGAUCCGGUUCGGCAUCAACCCCUCCACGAAAAAGAGCAAGGGGUUUGCAUAUGUCGAGUUCAAGACAGAAGCCGGCCUGAAGGCGGCCUGCGCCCUGGACAGGACCGACUUCCACGGCAAGCACAUCUUCAUCGCCCCCUCAAACAAGCCCAAGCCCAGCGCAGGACACGAUGUUCCCGACAAGGCCCCCGCAGGAGGAGGAAGAGCAAACCAGGCGCCCGACCCCCUGGACGCCGAGGCGGCGCCCGUCGCUCCUGCCAGCACGACCAUGAAGCCCCGCGCGGCCUUCAUGCCUCGUGCGGCGCGGCUGGGCUCGCAGGCCAAGCCCGGGCCGCCCAAGAGCAACUCUGACUUCCGUGCCAUGCUGCUAGAGCCCAAGACGUGA